CAAGAUGGCGGCGUGUGGACGUGUACGGAGGAUGUUCCGCUGGUCGGCGGCGCUGCCGCUUCUGCUGCUCGCGGCGGCCGGGGCCCAGAAAGUCACGGGCCAGGGCGUCCACAGCCAGGGCCAGGGCCAAGGGGUCAACUUGGUGCCCUUGGCAGGGCAGGCCGGAGGCGGCGGCCCAGCGGGCCCGCAGCUGCCCCAGUCGUCGCAGCUCCAGCAGCAGCCGCCGCAGCAGCAGGCACAGCAGCAGCAGCCGCCUCAGCCGCCGCAGCCGCCUUUCCCGGCGGGUGGGCCUCCGGCUCGGCGGGGCGGAGCGGGGCCCGGCGGCGCUGGCGGGGGCUGGAAGCUGGCGGAGGAGGAGUCCUGCAGGGAGGACGUGACCCGUGUGUGCCCCAGGCAUACCUGGAGCAACAACCUGGCGGUGCUCGAGUGCCUGCAGGACGUGAGGGAGCCUGAAAAUGAAAUUUCUUCAGACUGUAAUCAUUUAUUGUGGAAUUACAAGCUGAACCUAACUACAGAUCCCAAAUUCGAGUCUGUGGCCAGAGAAGUUUGCAAAUCUACCAUAUCAGAGAUUAAAGAAUGUGCUGAUGAACCAGUAGGGAAAGGCUACCUGGUCUCCUGCUUGGUGGAUCACCGUGGCAACAUUACUGAGUAUCAGUGUCACCAAUACAUCACCAAGAUGACAGCCAUCAUUUUCAGUGAUUACCGGUUAAUCUGUGGCUUUAUGGACGACUGCAAAAAUGACAUCAACAUUCUGAAAUGUGGCAGCAUUCGGCUUGGAGAAAAGGAUGCACAUUCACAAGGUGAAGUGGUGUCGUGUUUGGAGAAGGGCCUGGUGAAGGAAGCAGAAGAGAAAGAACCCAAGAUUCAAGUGUCUGAACUAUGCAAGAAGGCAAUUCUUCGAGUGGCUGAGCUGUCCUCUGAUGACUUUCAUUUGGAUCGGCAUUUAUAUUUUGCUUGCCGAGAUGAUCGAGAGCGUUUUUGUGAAAAUACACAAGCUGGUGAAGGCAGAGUGUAUAAGUGCCUCUUUAACCAUAAAUUUGAAGAAUCCAUGAGUGAAAAGUGUCGCGAAGCUCUAACAACUCGGCAGAAGCUGAUUGCUCAGGAUUACAAAGUCAGUUAUUCAUUGGCGAAAUCUUGUAAGAGUGACCUGAAGAAAUACCGGUGCAAUGUGGAAAACCUGCCUCGGUCCCGGGAAGCCAGGCUCUCCUACCUUCUGAUGUGCCUGGAGUCAGCCGUGCACAGAGGGCGACAAGUGAGCAGUGAGUGCCAGGGGGAGAUGCUGGAUUACCGGCGCAUGCUGAUGGAGGACUUUUCUCUGAGCCCUGAGAUCAUCCUAAGCUGUCGGGGAGAGAUUGAACACCACUGUUCCGGCUUACAUCGCAAAGGACGAACCCUGCAUUGUCUCAUGAAAGUAGUUAGAGGCGAAAAGGGCAACCUUGGAAUGAACUGCCAGCAGGCGCUUCAAACACUGAUUCAGGAGACUGACCCUGGUGCUGAUUACCGCAUUGAUCGAGCUUUGAAUGAAGCCUGUGAAUCUGUAAUACAGACAGCCUGCAAACACAUAAGAUCUGGAGACCCGAUGAUCCUCUCUUGCCUGAUGGAGCAUUUGUACACAGAGAAGAUGGUGGAAGACUGUGAACACCGUCUCCUAGAGCUGCAGUAUUUCAUCUCCCGAGAUUGGAAGCUGGACCCUGUCCUCUACCGCAAGUGCCAAGGAGAUGCUUCGCGUCUUUGCCACACGCACGGCUGGAAUGAAACCAGUGAACUCAUGCCUCCGGGAGCCGUGUUCUCCUGUUUGUAUAGACAUGCCUACCGCACCGAGGAGCAGGGAAGGAGGCUCUCUCGGGAGUGCCGAGCUGAAGUCCAGAGGAUCCUACACCAGCGGGCCAUGGAUGUUAAACUGGACCCUGCCCUGCAAGAUAAGUGCCUGAUUGAUCUGGGAAAAUGGUGUAGUGAGAAGACAGAGACCGGACAGGAGCUCGAGUGCCUCCAGGACCAUCUGGAUGACCUGGCCGUGGAGUGCAGAGAUAUAGUUGGCAACCUCACCGAGUUAGAGUCGGAGGAUAUUCAAAUAGAAGCCUUGCUGAUGAGAGCCUGCGAGCCCAUAAUUCAGAACUUCUGCCAUGACGUAGCGGAUAACCAAAUAGAUUCGGGGGACCUGAUGGAGUGCCUGAUACAGAACAAGCACCAGAAGGACAUGAAUGAGAAGUGCGCCAUCGGAGUCACCCACUUCCAGCUGGUGCAGAUGAAGGAUUUUCGGUUCUCUUACAAGUUUAAAAUGGCCUGCAAGGAAGACGUAUUGAAACUUUGCCCCAACAUAAAAAAGAAGGUGGACGUGGUGAUCUGCCUGAGUACCACUGUGCGCAACGACACUCUGCAGGAAGCCAAGGAGCACAGAGUGUCCCUGAAGUGCCGCAAGCAGCUCCGCGUGGAGGAGCUGGAGAUGACAGAGGACAUCCGUCUGGAACCAGACCUAUACGAGGCCUGCAAGAGCGACAUCAAGAACUACUGUUCCACUGUUCAGUAUGGCAACGCGCAGAUUAUUGAAUGCCUCAAAGAAAACAAGAAGCAGCUAAGUACCCGUUGCCACCAGAAAGUGUUUAAGCUUCAGGAGACAGAGAUGAUGGACCCAGAACUAGACUACACACUCAUGCGGGUCUGCAAGCAGAUGAUAAAGAGGUUCUGUCCAGAAGCAGACUCUAAAACUAUGUUGCAGUGCUUAAAGCAAAAUAAAAACAGUGAACUGAUGGACCCCAAGUGCAAGCAGAUGAUAACCAAGCGCCAGAUCACCCAGAACACAGAUUACCGCUUAAACCCCGUGCUGAGGAAAGCCUGCAAAGCCGACAUACCUAAGUUCUGUCACGGGAUCCUCAGUAAGGCUAAGGAUGAUUCAGAGCUGGAAGGCCAGGUCAUCUCCUGCCUCAAGCUGCGAUACGCCGACCAGCGCCUGUCUUCAGACUGCGAAGACCAAAUCCGAGUCAUCAUCCAGGAGUCGGCCCUGGAUUAUCGACUCGAUCCCCAGCUCCAGCUGCACUGCUCAGAUGAGAUCUCCAAUCUCUGUGCUGAAGAAGCAGCGGCCCAAGAGCAGACAGGCCAAGUGGAGGAGUGCCUCAAAGUGAACCUGCUCAAGAUCAAGACCGAGAUGUGCAAGAAGGAAGUGUUAAACAUGCUGAAGGAAAGCAAGGCGGACAUCUUUGUGGACCCCGUUCUUCACACAGCCUGUGCCCUGGACAUCAAACACCACUGUGCAGCCAUCACCCCCGGCCGAGGGCGCCAAAUGUCCUGCCUCAUGGAGGCGCUGGAGGACAAGCGGGUGAGGCUGCAGCCCGAAUGCAAAAAGCGCCUCAAUGACCGCAUCGAGAUGUGGAGCUACGCUGCGAAGGUGGCCCCAGCUGAUGGCUUCUCUGACCUUGCCAUGCAAGUCAUGACGUCCCCGUCCAAGAACUACAUCCUGUCUGUGAUCAGUGGCAGCAUCUGUAUUUUGUUCCUGAUUGGCCUGAUGUGUGGCCGGAUCACCAAGCGAGUGACACGGGAGCUCAAGGACAGGUAGAGCCACCUUGGCCCCCAAAGGAACUGCCUGUGCAGAGCCCGUUUGUACAGCCCUCCUGUAUAGUGUCCCCACUCACCUCGCGCCUCUCCGAGGUGAUGCCACACCCAUGGUAGAGCAGCAGCAGGCGCCCACUGCGCCAUCCCGUCCACAGCGUCCUCCUCCUCGGCCCCCUGCGCGGCACCGGCAGCUGGCCUCUCAGUGACUGCCUUCGCUGGCAGCCUCGGGCUUUCCUGCCUGUAGACGCGUCUCUCACACCAACCGGACGGCCAGGACUUCCAGCCCCAGCUCACCUGACCUGCAACUCAAAUGCUUUUUUUAAAAACCCACCAAAAAAAUUUUUCAGGACAGAAGAACACGUGUACAGUAACGCACUUCUUCCUCCUCCUGUGUAACUGUGUGAUGUGAAGACAGGAUGGGGAGAGAAGCACGCCAGACGGUGGGAAGCCCCUCCCCAGCCUGCCCGGUCCUCCUGUCCUGCUCCUUCUGCUGAAAUGGCAGCGCCUUCCCGUUCCCACGCUGACGGAGCCCCUGCAGGACGCAGCCCCACGGCCAGGUGUUUCUGUGAUCUCAUCUCAGUGGAGCAAAGCACAAGCCCCCUCCUCAGCCAAGGCAAAUGGGAUGCGCGGGCAUCGUGAGUUUGCGACCCUGGACAAAGCCGGGCACCCAUUGCGCUGCACCGAGAGGCUGGACUCGCAGUCCCUGGGCCGUGGGAGCCCCGGAAGCCUCCUCCCCCAGAACUCGGUCGCCUUGGAUCCACGCUGCAGAAGUCCUCCGCCUCAGCAGGAGACAGUGACUGUGGGGGAGGCGUCCUUCAAGACGGGCGGGGGCAGUGGGGGCAGCGGGGGCAGCCAGGAGGAGCAGGGCCUUUGGCUGCCUGCUCUGUUCUUCAGGCGACAGUACAGGCAGAGACAGUGGCUUAGAGAGGGUUCGUGUGGGCUCAGGGUGCGGCUGGCAGUCCAGCCUGGCUGUUCCGCACACUCCAGGCAAAUUCCCAGACAAGCUCCUUUGGGCCUCUACAUGGAGAGGGUGUGGAAAGUUCCUACAUUAAAACAUGGAGGACUUUUCUCCGGUUUUUUUUUUUUUUUCCCUUUUUGUCUAUUUGCUGCGUGUACGUACUCUAGUAGGCGUUGGCUAAAUGUUGUAUUUUGGUGACUCAUCGACCUUUCCAGAGCUGAGCUCCACAGGAGCCCUAUUCCUGGGCAGGCUCGGGGUGUGGGGGAGCAGCACCAGCGUCACUGGCCCGGCAGGCACAUCUCUGCCUGAGCUGGGGCACGCGGUCCUGUGGCUGCACAGGAGGGCAGCAUGUACAGUAGGAGAUAUAUUUAUAUAAAUAUAUUUUAUUAACCUGUUAGAUGUCCACAAAGUAUUAUAAAUGACGUGCCUAAAACUGUCCACACAGACCCCGGCCCGCGCGUGGCACCCUUCCCGCUGCUGUCCAGGGCGGCCCCGGGAACACGCCUCCUCCCGCGGUGUCAGCACAGGGGCGUCAGCUUGCCGAGCAGCUGGCCCAAGUUCCUUCUGUCUCACCUGACUGACGUAUAUUUGAGUACUGUGUUUUUCUUCCUUUGCUUUCUUCUCUUGGCUGCCUUUCCCGGAGGCACUGGGUUCCAGAAGCAGCCAUACACCCCCGCCCAGGCCAUCCAAGUCGCCGGAGGAAGCUGCUGAGCCCCUCAGUGCCCACAGUCCUGCUGCUCAGGCCUUUCUGACUCUCCACACGUGUGCUGGCGUCCUCCAGCCCCGUACAACCUGAAACACGUGGCACGUGUGCAGCACACCCACUCCCGCCUCUGGCACGCCCAUUCCCACUCUGCUGGGGUUCCCAUCUGGUGGGCGGGGGUUGCAGAGGCUCCAGAGCAAGAACUGCGGAUGCUGUGGGCACGUGCACCGCGGUCCACAGCGCAGGGUUCAGGUCCACCAUCUCUGCAGCCUCCCUCUCAGCCUCGCGGUUCUAAUACCUCCCAUAUUUCCAUUCUUUCCAACUGAGAGAAAAGCGCGUUAGUUGCAGUAGAUGUGGAAUGUGAUGAGUUUGUUUGUGGGAUGUUUGUUGUCUUUAGAAGUGGUUGGGAUAGAUAGAAAGGAUACCUCUGCCUGUGUCAUCAGUAGCUUCCUUGUCCCCCUUGGAAUGGGUCCCCUGACUGGCUCUCGAGGGUCCCAGGCCUGAGCUGCUCUCAAGUCCAAGUGGUACCGCACCAUCUUCACUGGCAGCCCAGAGCACCCUGGGUCCUGGCAUCCUAGGUCAGCCCUGGGUGUGAGUCACCUGGUCAAGAGCCCAGCCGGAAGAGGACCCCUGCCCCUGCUGGAGGGGCCCAUGGUGGAUCCUGACCCUGGCUUUUGUGUCUUCUGGUGUGGAGCCCUUGAAGAAUGGUAUCAGUAGCAGGUCAGGAUGUUUUGACAAUGGCAAGGCUGACAGUGCAGCAGCCAGGUCACUGACAUGUGGCCUUGCCAGGGUCUCAGGGACUCUUACACAGCGUGUGGUCCACAGCCCUCCCAAGGUACUGGAGCCCAGGCUUCUGGCUGCAGGCCGCGUGGUGUAGGUGACCAAAAAUCUGGAUUCUAUGUCAAGAACAAAGCCAGCUGCUCCUGCUCUGUAGGUGAGACCCUGGGCUUCUCUGCCGUCACUGCUGUCCCAAGAUGAGCCUGCUGGCGAGAUGCGCGGACGGGGGAGCCACACCAAAGGCCCGGCUUCGCACCGGCCCCGGUUCUGUCCUUGGGAGCCGAGGGCAUCCUCAGGCUGCCUCUGAGCUGUCAUUGAGUGAGCAAGUGCGGCCUCACGUUCACUGCGGCUGUGGGCUGUCUCAGCCCAGGGGGCAGGAGAGGUGCAGCUCUCCUGGAAGAUGCCACAGAAAGUCGCUGUCGGAUUUCAUGUCUUCCUGUUUCCAGUGGUGAGGACAUCCGCAUUGCUACCUUGUCACACAAGGGAAGAGUAGUACGAAUGACUUCCUGCAGCCUGCGAGAUCAGUGCCGCUUCGGGAGCUCUCCUGCCCCACCCACGUGGUACUGCUGCUGUCCCAAAGAUCCAGCAGCCCAGGGCCUGCCAUCCAGAGCGCAGGGGCUUUCCCACAGUUGACUGAUUCAGAGUGCGCGGACGGGCGAAGGCAGCUGCGCUCCAAGCCCUCAGGAUUCCGCCAGCCCAGCCUGGCUCAGGCAGGCUAAGCUCGGGCGCAUUUUACGAGGAUCUCAGCUUCUUAGGCAUUUGAAAAACUCCAGAGAUGAGAGUGCUCCUGGCAUUGCUCACCACUUUGCUGCUCACAGCACCUGUCCAAGUAGCUUGUAAAACACAGCAUCCUGAUGUCGUGGGCUCUCCCAGCCCUUGGGGACUCUUCUCUCACUGGGCUCUGGUUCCCAGAGGGCUGCAGCCAGCCCCCGGCCCCCAGGUGAUCUAUUUACCUCCCUCCACGCAGACCAGGGUCACAUGUUGAGCAAUCAUGUCUGAAGCCAAAUUCCCAUCCUAUCCAUCCUGAACCUUCAGGGUCGUGGGCUCCCCCGAGCCAGCUGCCUGUCACCUGGCGAGAAGAGGUGGGCUGUGUGCAGGCUGGUGGCGGCAGGACCCUGAGGGUGGUCUCCCCCCCCCCCAUCCAUCACAGCACAGGGCCCGGGGCGGGGCGAGGGGUCUUCCCAGAAAGCAGGAAGUUAAGACAGUGCCCCUAUGCUGUGCUUUGCCUUCCCCACAGCACAGAAUUGACGUCCGACCCCAGAGGUCAGCAGGGCCCCAGGGCAGGCUGCAGUGUGUUGGAUAGAGGGGCCCAUGGGAGAGCUGGCAGCAGGGAGGCCUCCCUAGCGGCUUCUCCCAGCACAGCGUUCCCAGGUCGGUCCUAGCAGAAGACACCGACUGGCUGCACAGCAGGUGUGGUAUGAGGCCCUAGGCCUCUGACUGUUCUGGCUUUUUGUUUUUUUUUUUUGUUUUUUUUUUAAAGAAAGAAAAGUACAAUUAACAGCCUCUUUGUAAAUGGGUUUCCUCUCUCUGUAUAAAACCCUGGCAGGUACUUGUUUUUACAUGUUCAUGCUGUGUAAUUUUGAGAUGUCACUGAGAUUCUGAACAUAAUGUGCAUUUUUUUCUGUACAGAUGAAAUGGGAGAAUUUAAUAAAGAGUUUGCAGGUUU